UCCCAAUAAGGUUAAGGAGUGUGAGGAGUAUGAUCUGAUAAGAUCCUGCCCUGAGUUUGUUCGGUAGGAGACCGCAGCGGUUCACUUUGGUUCUUUCUCUCCUCGACGACGUCGUUACUCUUCGCCGGAAAAAAUGUCAGGGAAAGGAGCAAAAGGUUUGAUAACAGCAAACAGAGACAAGGACAAAGAUAAAGAUAAGAAGAAAUCAAUUUCUCGUUCUUCUCGCGCUGGUUUGCAGUUUCCAGUUGGGCGAAUCCACCGUCUUUUGAAGACGAGAACCACUGCUCAUGGAAGAGUUGGGGCAACGGCUGCUGUCUACUCUGCUGCAAUCUUGGAGUAUCUCACUGCUGAAGUAUUGGAGUUGGCUGGGAAUGCUAGCAAGGAUCUCAAGGUUAAACGUAUUACUCCCCGACAUUUACAGCUUGCAAUCCGAGGGGAUGAAGAAUUGGAUACUCUGAUUAAGGGAACUAUUGCUGGAGGAGGAGUAAUUCCUCACAUUCAUAAAUCUCUUAUCAACAAAUCUUCCAAGGAGUAGAUUGUUAUAACUAAUGGAUUUUACUAUUAUGGUUGCAGAAUAGAAAAUUUAUGUCACUACUGAUUAUGGAUUUGUUGUUGGGUACAAUUUGGUUUAAUCUGUAGAACCUCGUAAUAAAGGUUUAGAAUGUCGUUGGUUGUGUAUAAACCUGAUAUUUUGUUUCUCAACUUGAUUAAUAUGAUAGUACUAAUUUUAAUUA